GCCAGAGGUUUCAUACACGGGGACACUUUUCAUAAGUCGUUCGAGCAAAUCAACCAGUCUUGCUACUUGCUAGCAAACAACAGCUCUCAACAAGUGACAUGGACAUAGCUCUCUUCUCGCCGGCGUCCCUCUUCGCCGCCGAUGGUGAUUCCUCUGAUGGAGAGACGACGGAGACGAGCCAGAGCUUCGUUGAGAGGAAUCACCAGUUUCCUGGAAUUGAAUUGCAGAUCCGGGAAUUUGGUUUCCACCAGCUGAAUGCAAACUUGCUGUGGCCAGGUACAUUUGCCUUUGCAGAUUGGUUAGUGCAGCAUCGACACUUGCUCGAAAGGCGUCGCUGUCUUGAGAUAGGAAGUGGCACAGGGGCGCUAGCUAUUUUUCUUAAGAAAGAGUUCAAUCUCGACAUAACUACUUCAGAUUACAAUGACCAAGAUAUUGAAGACAAUAUUGUUCAUAAUUGUAUUGCAAACGAGAUUAUCCCUGCUCUGCCUCAUAUCAAGCAUACAUGGGGCGAUGAAUUUCCAAUUGCGGAACCAGAUUGGGAUUUGAUCAUAGCCAGUGAUAUACUUCUGUAUGUGAAACAGUACCCAAACUUGAUAAAGUCUCUGACUUUUCUUCUCAAAACAUACAAACCAACCAAGGCCAUUUGUUCAACAGAAUGCAAGCUAAAUGUAGGAGCAGACACAGAACUGCCUCGUCCAGUGUUCUUAAUGAGCUGGAGACGAAGAAUUGGGAAAGACGAUGAGUCUCUAUUCUUUACUGGUUGCGAAGAAGCUGGCCUCCAGGUGAAUCAUCUUGGAAACCGAGUAUAUUGCAUCAAGCUUGGAGAAAACAACCUCUGAAUAAUAGGUUGACAAACUCAUGAAUUUUCCGCAGAACUGUCUUCUCUUAAGCUAUAGUUUUGUUUGUUUCUCUCGCAUCUUAUUUGGAUUUGCUUUUUAUGUGAAAGUUAAGGUAAAAUGAGAUACCCUUACAUGGAU